AUGGCGUCUUCGGCAAAACUCAUUCACGUACCCCUCAGCCCACUCGACCACAUCCCGCCUCAGAAUUAUGUGAAGAUCGGCCUGUAUCUGCCCCUCCGACCAAGUGUCCGUGCCGAGGAUGCGUUUCACAAUCUGCAAGAUGGGUUGCACCGCAGCUUUAUGCAGAUUCCGUGGCUAGGCGGCAAAGUCUACUGGCAGCAUCAGGAUGCUCCCGGCUGGCGGCCUAGCCAGUUAGAGAUCCGAUACAACCCCAUAUCCCCAGAUAGCCCGCGACCCUAUCAACUCAAGCUUCACGUACUAGAUGCUUCAUACGAGGAUCUGCAAGAUCGGGGGUUUCCGACAGAUGAAUUCUCCGAUGAAGAUCUGCUCUGGGCUCCCUUCUUCGCUGACAUCAACGCCGGCGCAGAGGUUUUCGUUGCGCAGGCCAACUUCAUGGAAGAUGGAUGUCUACUCACCAUGUCAACAUGUCACCCAUCUGCCGACGGCACCGCCAUGAUAACCAUCCUGAAACUAUGGGCGCAACACUGCCGUCGUCUUCAGGGAGAGACAGACGACGAACCGUUAUUCGACAUCACCCCGGAGAGCUCCGAUCGCAACAUUUUAGAUCGACUGUGGAAACAGGAACAAAGCUCCCAUUCGACGGAAGAAAUGGACCCCGCAGCAUGGCAUAUGGUGGGUCUGGACCAUCCUAAUGAUGCCAAAUCUAUUUCGACUUCCUCCCCACCGCCCCCGGUGCCAUCACCCGAGACCCCAUCACGCGUCAUGCGCUCAGCCGUCUUUUACAUACCCGCGGAGCGCUUCACAGCCCUGCGCGCGCAAUGCACCAAGGACAAUGGCGGGGCGAGCGAUCUCUCGAGCAACGAUAUUGUGACAGCUCUAAUCUGGCGCAGCCUGAUGACGGCGCGGCAAGCCGCGCGAUCGAGCGAGGAUAUCACGAGCACGCUCGCAGAGCUCGAAAUGACCGUCGACGGCCGUCCUGAUUUCUCUCACUUCCUGCCCGAAACGUACCUGGGCAAUGUGGUACUGAUCAACCGGCCGACCUUACCGCUUGAGAAAUUAAUCGACCCAUCCACGCCGCUAGGGACCGUAGCACAAACAAUUCGAGACACUGCGCGCGUAAUCCACCAUGAGAAUAUGAUGGACGCCUACUCCCUCCUUCGAGGGGUAUCGGACUUCAGCGAGCGCAAGCUGCGGUUCACGACGGUUGAGGGCUCGUCGAUGCUGAUCACGUCGUUACUGGCGUUUCCUAUCGAGGAGAUCUGUUUUGGGGACCAAUUCUUCGGACGUGGGGGUCGGCCCGAGGCCUUCAGGCCAUUGAUGAGUUCUUUUAAUCAUCUCUUCCGGAUUAGUUUUAUUUUGCCGAGGGCGAGAAAUGGUGGGGUAGAGUUUGUAGUUAGCCUGUUUGACGAGGAGAUGGGGGCAUUGGAGGGAAAUGAGGAGUUCUCAGAGUAUGCGGUGCUGUUGUCGGAUUGA